AAGCAUUCGAAAUAAAAUUGUAAAGUCCGAUGGAGACGUAGACUAGAAAUAACAAGUACCAUACGAGUUGACUUGUGUAGAAGGCAACACAAACUUUCUCGCCGAGUACGGCGGAGGAGCAGCCGCAAGUGGAUCCAGCCGACACUAAGGAAGCUUUUAAUUUGCACAAGAUGCGAUACACUUACACCUGACCCUUCAAUUUCCUACUUAUAUAAUACAUAGUUUCAGUUUUCACAUAAUACACAAAACCCUUUCACUAAUAACAAUCUCCAAAUGGCUAAAUCAUUUGUACCUCUCAUCGCUGUGUUAUGCGUUUUGGUUCUCCCACUUGCAGCCAUGGCGGUUGGAACGCCAUUCCACAUUGAAGGAAGUGUUUACUGCGACACUUGCCGCUUUGGAUUCGAGACAAUCGCCACCCAAUAUAUCCGCGGGGCAAGAGUGAGAAUAGUAUGCAAAGACAGAGUGACACUAAAAUCGGAGUUGGUUGGGGUGGCGGUGACGGGACCUGAUGGGAAAUACAAAGUCGCCGUCAGAGGAGACCGACAGGACCAGCAAUGUCUGGCGGAGCUUGUUCACAGUCCACUGUCCCGCUGCCAAGAGGCUGAUCCUGGCAGAAGCACCGCUACCGUGAUCCUCACGCGCUCCAACGGAGCCGCCUCUACUCGUCACUACGCCAACGCCAUGGGUUUCUUCAGGGACGAACCGCUCCGUGGCUGCGCCGCUCUCCGCAAACGCUACCUCGCAGACGGCGAUAACCGGGCUAUUUGAGUCAUCUUAUGUUCUUGAUGAAACAGAACACAAAAGUUUAUUUAGAGUUUUUAUUUAUUUCUAUUUUAUUGUAUUGUUGAGUCUCUAAAGAUGGUGAGACUAUUUAGACAUAUCUAAGAUAAACCAUAUAAAAUAAAGUAUUUGCAACCUUCAAAAAAAAAAAUCUCAUGUCCUUGGCAAGAAAGAGGAAUUUGUUGUAUGUUCUGUUACUUAUGUAGGAUCAUCAUUUGAUAUGCUGCGUAUAAUUACGAUAGUUCUUCAAUAUUUUAUAUUUUAGUUAUCUUA